CCCUGGCCUGCAAGAAGUGCAAAAAACCCAAUCCGGGAUCGUUCUAAAAAUGCUGUUAAGAGUACAAGAAAAAUUGAGUUGGGGUGGAUCCAUGAUGGAAAACAAGUGAGGAAGCGUUCUGGUGGUGGCACCAGGGUACUUGAGGUAUCCAAGUAUUCAACCAAGACAGACAUUUUGUCACUUGCCAAAGAACUGUUUUUUCUAGAUGGUGAGUCGAAAAAAGGAAAAUGGGAGGAUUUCGUACACGACAUUUAUGACUUUAAGGAAUCACGCCUUGAUGACAGCAGUACUGUUGGCGACUUGUACACAGUGUCAAAAUUUGGGAUUUUACGGUUCUACCUGAGCACAACACACUUGGUAGACUUAUCUGACACAGAAGUGGACAGAAAAAAGGACAAAUGUGGUGACACUAUAGGAGAGCAGCAGAUACAGACCAAUUCUGAUGAGCACCAAGAAAAGCCAAGCAGACUGAAUGAACCACAAAGAGAACAAUCGGGUGCAUCUGAAGACUCAAAUGUUGUUGAUCUUACCUCUGAGUCUGAUCAUUCAGAGGUGAUCAUUGGUGGCCUAGUAGGUGGAUCCUCUCCAAGCCAGCUGGAUGACACUGUUCCACUUUUCUUUCCCAUGGAGGAGAUUUUCAGUGUUGCCUUUACUACAAGCUGUCCUGUCUUAGCAGAUGACCAUGCAGCCCAUUCAAGUGCACACUGUUACCCACUCUCAGAGGUCCAACUGAAUUCUGCUGUUCCAAUUUUCACACCAACAAAUGAAGACUUCAGUGUUGCCCUGUCCACAUCCACUCCUGUCUCAGAGGAUCGUGUUGGCUGUGCUGUCCAUUCAGGUGGUGAUGCACAUAAUGACACACCCCCAGAGAUUCAGCUGGAUGAUGCCACCCCAGUUUUCACUUCAGUUGAGAAAGACAUCAACAGUGCCCCCUCCACAUCCACUCCUGUGUCAGGGGACCAUGAACAACAUACUGACUGCUCAAGUUCUGAUGCAGACUAUGACCAGCAUUAUGUGAGUCUCAAACUUCACAGAGUGAAUCUUUUAGAGGAAAUGAUUUGUCAGUUCAAAGAUGAGUUAAUGUUGAAGUACCCUUUAAAGUUUUCUUUUAUUAAUGAAAGGGGUGCAGAUGCAGAUGGUGUGGCCAGAGAUGCCUAUGCUGCUUUUUGGACAGAAUUUUUGGAUUCUGCAGCAGAGGGGGCAGAAAUGAGGGUGCCAUCUCUGUCACCAAAGUGGCAGGAGGAAGAGUGGAGAGCUGUGGGAAGAAUACUGGUCAAGGGAUUUCUGGAUCAAGGAUACUUUCCAUUGCGCCUUGCCCCAGCAUUUACCACAGCACUGAUAUUUGGAGAGCAUGCUGUGCCUACUGAUUCACUGUUUGAAUCUAUGAUGUUGUACCUGAGUCAGUGUGAGAGAGAACUCAUAACUGUUGCCUUAGAGGGAGACCUUGAUAGUGAUGGCCAGGAUGAGUUAUUAGAUCUGCUGGAUCGUCUGGGAGUGAAAACGGUUCCAUCACAAGACAACCUUAAAGCUGUCCUCCUUCAAGCUGCACACAAAGAAAUCAUACAGCAGCCAAAGUAUGCUCUGGAUAACAUGUCAGCAGUUGCAGCACAACUCCUAAAGACCACCAUAACCACACCAGCAAAAUUACAGAUCAUGUAUACAGACAAAAAAACAACUUGCAGGAAAGUCCUAAAGCUAAUUGAGUCAAGACCAGAGAGUCCAGCUGAGAGACAAGCCCUUGGAUUUUUACAGCAGUACAUACGAGGAUUGGAUGAAGUGGGUCUCAGAAGGCUGCUGAGAUUUGUAACAGACUCCGAUAUCAUCUGUGUCACAAACAUAGAAGUUAUAUUUACAGCUUUGGAGGCACUGCAACGUAGACCAGUUGCACACACCUGUGGAUCGGUUUUGGAGUUACCCUGUACAUAUAACUCCUACCCAGAGUUACGUGUGGAGAUGGAGAAUGUCCUGAUGAGUAACUAUUACACUAUGGAUAUUGUGUAGUGAGGAAUGGCAUGUAAUUGUGUACAGACCAAGCAGGGUCCAUAUUGACAUUCUGAAUGUAACCAAACUGCACUCUUAAAUAUCAGAAACCUCAGACAGAAGUAGAUUUCAAGAAAAGUUUUGUGUCUCAAAUGAAGUCCCAAAAUUCUGAAUCAAAUUGCACUUUUUUAUACCAGUCUGUUCUAGAAGUUCUACAGUUCGUCUAUGAGAUAAACUCAAGAGAUUAUUUUAUUUUUUGCAGUUUGGCAUGCAGUUAAAAAAAAAAUACUGCAAGUUAAAAGCAGACAUGAUUAUAUCAUAUACUGUGCUCUUCAGACGUAUUGGGACAAUUGAUAUUUCACACAUUUAAAUUUGUUUAAGACAUUUCAAAUACAAAAAAAAAGAUCUUCCUUAGAGUCAAA